AUGGGCAGACGACCCCGAAGCCCCAGCGCCGGCCACGCGUCCUGGUGGGGACAGCAGCCCGGAGGACCCGGCCCUGCCAAGCGCCCCCGACUGGAGGAGACACCCGCCCUGGAGCCCAGCGCCGGGCCCAGCCUGGAAGACUCCGCGGGGCCCCCGGCCGCAGUCGCCCUCACCUCCGUCGUGGUCCUGGCCGCCGGCUGUGCCUUGCAAGUGCCCUUGGACGACGUCGAUCUGGUGCUGGAGCCCGAACCAACCUCAGUCCUGCAAGUAUCCUUCGAAGGGCACACCCUCAUCCUUGUCCCCGAGGUCCUCCUAGGCUCGGUCGAUGAAUGCUCGGGAGGGCAGGGCGAUUCAUCUGUCGACCUGGAACCUGGCGUCUGCCUGGGCGCUCCUGGAGAGGAAAUUGUCCUAGAGCAGCCAUUCUUCCUUUCUUCUGUCCCAGAGAUCGCCGCCCAAAAGGGGGCCUUCCACGAGGACGCGGAGCCCUACGUCCUGGCACCCUGGAUGGAACCUCCAGCGGGUUCAGCCGCUGAGCCCCAGCCCUCUGCUAGAAGGGUGUCCAGCCCCUACCCUCAGGGCCGGGUCCCGGAACCCUCUCCUCUGGUCCUCAACCUUAGUCCAGAGAGACGAUCCCCAGACCCCAUGUUCGACCUGGAAUUCCAUCUUUUGGAGCCCUUCCCGAGCUCACCACUCCAACCUCUACCUCCUUCCCCAAGUCCAAGUCCCCGUCCCCACCCGCGCCCAGAGCACUCUCCUCACCCUCCGUGCAGGGCCCGGAGAUGCUUGUUUCCGGAAUGA